GAUGGUGACGUCAGCGCUGCAGGGGACAGCGGGCGGCUGGCGAGGGGCAAAUGUCGGCGGCUGCGGCGGCGCUGACGCGGAAGGAGGCGCGCGCGGGCGCUGCGUUCCGUGUGGCGAUCUGAGCCUUCUCCUGGGGGCCGGCGACGCUGAGCAUGGAUGUCGGCGGUGCCUUGUGAGGGCUUCAGAGCACCUUCCUGAAAAUCUUGUUCUUCAUCUGACCAGGAUUCUAGUCAUGAAUCUGAAAAGUCUACUAUUCUGAUCUGCUUUAAGUGAUCUGUCCUGUGUGGCUGGAGUGAACAUUCAAUAAUGAGUGGUGCAGCGUUAGGCCUUGAGAUAGUUUUUGUCUUUUUUCUGGCCUUAUUCCUACUUCAUCGUUAUGGAGAUUUCAAGAAACAGCAUAGACUGGUGAUCAUAGCAACAUUAUUGGCUUGGUAUCUCUGCUUUCUCAUUGUGUUCAUACUGCCUCUGGACGUCAGUACGACUAUUUAUAAUCGUUGCAAGCUUGCUGUUAAUUCCAGCCCUUCAGAAAGUAACGGCUCUUCUUAUGUUACUCUUGCUCCAAGCAAGCAAAAAUGUUUAAAACCAUGGAGUUAUAUUCCCAGCGGAAUCAUGCCAAUUUUCUGGCGUGUUGUUUAUUGGACGUCACAGUUUUUGACAUGGAUUCUACUGCCUUUCAUGCAGUCUUAUGCCAGGUCGGGAGGGUUCUCCAUUACUGGAAAGAUUAAAACUGCAUUGAUAGAGAAUGCAAUCUAUUACGGCACUUACUUACUGAUUUUUGGAGCAUUUUUAAUAUAUGUGGCUAUAAACCCAAACUUCAAUUUACAAUGGAACCAACUUCAGACUAUUGGGAUAGCUGCUGCAAACACAUGGGGUCUCUUUCUUCUUGUGUUGCUAUUGGGUUAUGGUUUGGUGGAAAUCCCCCGUUCUCACUGGAAUGGGGCCAAGAGGGGUUAUCUACUCAUGAAAACCUAUUUCAAAGCUGCCAAACUGAUGACUGAAAAAGCUGAUGCAGAGGAGAAUUUAGAGGAUAUUAUGGAGGAAGUCCGUAAAGUAAGUGAGAGUAUCAAGUAUAAUCACCCUUUGAGAAAAUGUGUUGAUACAAUACUGAAAAAGUGUCCUACUGAGUACCAGGAAAGAAUGGGUAGGAAUAUGGAUGAUUAUGAAGAUUUUGAUGAAAGACAGAACAAUUAUCCAAGUGAAAAAAGUUUGGUGAAACUUCACAAGCAGGUAAUCCAUUCAGUACAGAGACAUCGUCGUACACAGGUCCAGUGGCAGAUUCUUUUAGAACAAGCAUUUUACCUGGAAGAUGUGGCAAAAAAUGAAACCAGUGCAACUCGACAGUUUGUUCAUACUUUUCACUCCCAGGAACCAGAGAAUAAAAUUAUUCAGUAUUUCUAUACACCAACUGUUGAAUGGUACUGGGAAUGUCUUCUGCGACCAUGGUUUUACAGGGUGCUUGCAGUUGUUCUGGCCACAUUCUCUGUAAUUGUGGUGUGGUCAGAAUGCACAUUUUUCAGCACAAAACCAGUUUUAUCGCUGUUUGCAGUUUUCAUACAGCUGGCGGAAAAGACAUAUAAUUAUAUAUACAUAGAGAUGGCCUGUUUUCUUACCAUCUUUUUCCUAAGUAUCUGUGUUUACUCUACUGUCUUCAGGAUCCGUGUAUUUAACUAUUAUUACUUAGCCUCACAUCAUCAGACAGAUGCAUACAGUCUCCUAUUCAGUGGCAUGUUAUUCUGUCGUCUUACUCCACCGUUAUGCUUGAACUUUUUGGGCUUGACCCAUAUGGAUGCAACAAUCUCUCACAGAAACACUCAACCAACUGCUUAUACAUCUAUAAUGGGGUCCUUAAGGGUGCUGUCCUUCAUUGCAGAUGGAUUCUAUAUAUAUUACCCAAUGCUUGUUGUCAUUCUCUGCAUUGCCACAUACUUUAGUUUAGGAACUCGCUGUUUGAAUCUUUUGGGAUUCCAGCAGUUCAUGGGCGAUAGUGAAAUGACUUCUGAUUUGAUUGAUGAAGGAAAAGAGCUAAUCAGAAGAGAGAAAAGAAAAAGACAAAGGCAGGAAGAAGGUGAAAGCAGAAGAAGGGAAUGGAAGGAGCGAUAUGGAAAUAGGGAUGAUUCUACUAGAAACAGAGUUGUACACACAGACCAAAAAGAAUCCAGCUUUUCAGAGACCACUACCAACAGACCACUAUCAAAGUAUACCCGAUCAAAUGGGAGGACUGAAAGAGAUAGAAUAGAACUUCUCCAGGAUGCAGAACCUUUGGAUUUCAAUGCAGACUCAGUUAAUGAUGACCCUCUUGACUCAGACUUGGGAAGGUACCAGCCUGGUGGAAGAUACCUCUCAAUGUCUCGAAGCGAAAUAUUUGACGAUGUCUAAACUCCUCAGAACUAAAGCAAAUUCAGUGGAAGUCUAUUUGCUGCUCAUUGCUUGGAAUAUAUUUAUGAUGUAUCACUUAACCAGAAAAAAUCUUUUUUGUUUAAAUAAAGAAUAUGAAGGAACAGCUAUUUUGGAAAUGCACCUGUAUGAUUACUACUCAUGACAAGAAUAUGCUUCUUCUAUUGUAGAUAUUGUUGUGCGUCAGUGUGGGCUUUUGUGUCAUGAACAAAAGAAGAAAACUAUUAAGUUAAUAGAGAGUAAACUUCAUAAAUAUACCCAGGGCUCAACUUGCACUGUUACAUUGUAAGCUUCAAGAAGGGGAUUUUUUGGAAGGAAUUUUUUUGUAUUUUAACAGAUGCUGUGAAAGCUUCUUAAUGCAUCCAAAGUGCAGUUAUAUCAGUUACUAUAGUACACACUUUCUGUAAUUUUUCUAUUUGAACUUUACGCCUAGUCCAAAAUCUACUGAAUUUAAUUGAGUUCUGAUUUGGCUUCAGUGGUCUUUGAAUCAGACUCUGUAUAGACAGAAAGGUCGUAUGGCAGACUGUUCUUCACAAAAUCAUGCAAUUUAUAUUCUGGUAUCUAAAGGAUGUCUACAAAGAAGAUGGAGACUCCCUUUUUACAAGGAGUCACAUGGAAAAGACGAAAGUAUUGGGUACAAGUUACUCCUGGGGAGAUCCUGACAGGACAUGAAGUUUUUUUCACAAUGAGAACAAUAAGCCAUUGGAAUAAUCUCCUGUGGGAAGUGGUGGAUUCCACAAUACUGGACACUUGGAAGAUUUGGAUGGACUGGGAUUCUAGGCCAUCUUGUCUAGCCAGAGCUUUGCCAAGAAAGGUUGAAUCAGAUGAUCCUUGAGGUCUCUUCCAAUCUGGGUUUCUGUGAUUCUGUGAAAUUGGGUGACAUAAUUUUUGGAGCAAGGUGCAUUAGUUGACAAAUAUUUUUUCUUUUCCAACAUUACAUGCAGAUAAAUGAUUUUAGCAUGUGUAAAUAGUUGAAAUUGAACAUGGACCAGAGUUUCACUGUCAUAGGAGCUUAUGUGCAAUAGCAAGAGUAUGUUAUGAAAGAUGGGAUGCCUACAUAAGAUUUCUGCAGUUGAAACAGUGGAAAAUCUUUGCACCCUAGUGUUUUUGUAACUGUAAAAGAAAUAUAAUGUGAAAAUUGAGUUAAAUGCUGAAACAUUAUAAUUUGCACACACUUCAGGCACUGCUUCAAAUUGUAGAGUAUUUCUUUAAAAGAAGGGAAAUACAUAGCAUGACUAGGUAAUGGUAAACACUUUUGAUGUCUCAAUGCCCUGAUUGCAUUACGUAUCUGUUUUUAAGGUGCCUGUAUUUUCAGUAAGAUGUUACAAAAAGAAUAAUGCUUCUUCGUUUGAAUGCCAUUCAGAAAUGCCAAUUACUAACUGUAAAAAAGAAAAAAAGCUUCGUAUUAAUUUCAUUGGUGUAAAUAUAUUUUAAACUGUAGUUAGUUGAAUGAGUUUUAAAAUGUAGUCAUAAGGUAAAAGAUGUGAUCAAAUUCAUGGUAUCUUUAGAAAUCCGGUUAAUUUAAAAUGUUGCUUUAUUGCAGUUCGUCUCAAGUCUUUGCUGCUUGGGAGUUUUCUUGUGUGCUUAUUGCAAAGUUGUGUUGAAAGCGGAAAGAACGUGUUUCUAUGAUGAAUUCUUUACCAUGCUUAAAAAACAGACAUCUCUUAAGCAGCUUGGAAUGAGUUGUUCUGAAAAACAAGUCUUCAAAAAUCAAGUGUUCUACUAAUAUAGUUGUCGUUUUCUGAAGUAACUGUUAAUGGGGAUCUUAACCUACCUCCUGUGAUUUAGUACAUCAUGUGUUCUGACGGUAGUGAUGUUUUUAAUAUAUUGAUCUGCCUGUUUUAAAACACUGGAUUGCUACUAUGAAAGAGAUAAAAAAACUCUAUUUGUAUAGAAACAGUUAUAUUAAUAAAUCAACAAACAUAAAAUAAUUGUCAGUUCUGUUUUUAGGUAAAUGCACCGAAGAACAGCCAUUCUCACGUGCACUCAAGCUCAUGCAAUUUCCACAGUACUUAUAAGAGGAGACACUUUUAGUUUUGGCAUUUUGUGUAUUGUAAAACCUUCAUCAAAAUCUUAUGGCUGCAUCAGAGCCUGGAAGUUGUUUUUUAUUCAGCUUGUUCUUUAGCAACUUUAAGUUAGCACAUACUUGAUUUACUUUAGAUCUGCUUAGAAAUGCUGUCCUGAAUUCAGCCUUACCUAAGGGGGAUUGUAUUUGUUCUUGGACAUCCAUCCACAAGAAUGUUCUUAGACUUGAUGUUUCUAUUUUUAGAAUUUGCACCUUAUUUAAUUACCCAAAAGUUUAUUUAUGUAAGUCUUCAGAUCAAAGAAGGUUCAAGUUCCUUCUUCAGCUCUUAAAAUACCACUACAAAGGGAUCUAAUUCAGUGCUAAUGGAAAAAAUUAUAGAAGGAGCCUUUUUUUUUUAACCCUGAAUGUUUCUGAAGUAUCCUUACCUAGCCCCUGCUGACCUCAGAGUUGGACUGAGCCUCUUGGAGCCUUUUUUUUUUUCCCUCUGAGGAGUCAGUGGAAUGUCUGCAAACAGAAUUUUCAGUGGAAACUUGGUCAGGAUUUUAUAUGCAAAAGCUAACUAGUCCCUGGUGUAAACCCUCUGUGCAGUUUUUGCUGGAAUACAAUCACUUGGGGAGUUGACUGUGUAAAUUAAUGACAAUGGGGUUUCAGUUGCAAAUACAGAAACUCUGACUUCAUUGAAGUGGGAAUCUGCUGACCUUUUUUUGAUGUUGCAGAGCAGUAGUGGGGUAACCAAUGGCUAGUCUUUGAAAACAUGGGAAUUGGAGCUCUGAAAAUCUCUCAAGAGUUCUCAUAGGGAUAGCUCUUGGAAAUCCCUGGUGUCACAGACUCCGUGAAUGCUGGUGUUUAAGGAGUAUGUAAGUGAAGUCAAGUUUGAUCCAGUGUUUGUUGCUGACCAACAGCUAUUCUUCCUCUAAUUACAUGCAAUUUGUAGGCCAAUUAAUCUAAAGUGUGUUUUGAAUGGUAAUUAUGAAUCCAUAUAUCUAAAUCCUGAAGGCUCUCGACAGCAACAACAAAACAGUACAACUGGAAAAGCAUAUUGUAGAAAUAAGGGAUAUGCCUGCACAGCAUUUGCUGUGUCCUCCCUGGGUGCUAAGUGCCUAAGGAUUUACUGUAGCAGUGCUUGAUGAGUUCUUUUUUACUGUAGCCUUAGUUGUAACAGUACCAGGGCUGAAAAAAGUUACAUCUACUUUCCCUACCUUUAGGCAGUGACUGUACUGUAGGCAAAUGGUGUUCUUGGUUCACCUUUCAUGUUCAAGAUUAGGUGAUUAAAAUAUAACUGCCUUUCACACUGUGCUUUUGGGAACUGAACUUUGGCAUAUUUAUUCUGUCAGUAAAUAGUUCUAUUUAUUUGCAGGUAAGAAUGCCAAUUAUUCAUUUAUUUUUUUUCACAUUCUCAAUUAUUGAGCAGUUAAUGUAUGCUUCCAUUUCAUCACAAUUUCUGCAGUUUCCUUGUCCGGUGUGAACACCAAAAAGAACCCAAAACACCAAAAAACCCACGUGAGUUAAGUACAAAUGCUUGAGUAUCUUUGUGUCAAAGAUUCUAACCAAUGAGAAGAGUCCAUGCAAGUUGUAGUGAAUUUUGAGAAGCAGGGAUGAAGGCAGUGUACUCUAAUGCUGUGUCAGUGCCGGAUUUCUUAAAAAGUGUGGAGAGCAAAAAGCUCUUGUCAAACUUAAUGCUCCUACCAGAUUUGUAGGUUUUCAGGUGUUUAAAAAGACACGUAUUCUGGUAUCUGUAUCCGGAAAGGAGUCCUCUGCACUCUGCUGUGUCUCUUGGCAGUGAAGUGAGGGGAGGUAAAGGAUAUGCAACUUGUAGUCUGUGCUAAUAGUGACACUUUGGGCAAGCUGUAAUAUAGUUUAUUAUUUAGGUAUGAUAGCAUGAUAAGAAACAACAGAUUUUGUACUACUGUAACUACUGGAAAAAUCAUGGUAUAUAAUCUGCCUUUCUUUUGCAAGCAAGCACAUGGUAAGUAGUCAUUAACAUUAUUAACAGGAAUGGCAGAAAACUGCUGUCUGUUAGAUAUUUAUUCUUGCUAUUUAAAAACAUAACUAUGGCAAUG